CCCGCACACACGCACACCCAAGGCUUGGCGAUUCUGCCGCACACUCCGGAGUUGUCGAAACCAGAAACCUAGCCAAAUUUACACGCCCAACGCCCCAACGCCAACACCGACAGUCCACGCCCGAUACGACAAUCGAGAUUCGACAACAUGGCUGACACCGUUACCGUGAGGACCCGCAAAUUCAUGCGGAACGCCCUUUUGGCCCGCAAGCAGAUGGUGGUUGACGUCCUCCACGAGGGCAAGGCCAACAUCUCCAAGGACGACCUCCGCGCCAAGCUCGCUGAGACCUACAAGUCCGACAAGGAUGCCGUUUCCGUCUUCGGUCUCCGCACCCACUUCGGAGGAGGAAAGACCACCGGUUUCGCCCUCAUCUACGACUCUGUCGACAGCCUGAAGAAGUUCGAGCCCCACUACCGUCUGGUCCGUUACGGCCAGGCCUCCAAGAUUGAGAAGCCCUCUCGCCAGCAACGCAAGCAGAGGAAGAACAAGCAGAAGACUCUUCGUGGAACCGCGAAGGUCAAGGGUGCCAAGAAGAAGAAGGAGACGUAAAUGUUGUCACCUUAGUUCGGCCUGGUUUGUCGGGGUCUUUGGUGUUCUUUUUUCUUUGGGCAAUAAAAAUAUUCUCAACGGAACAAUGGGAAUACGGAGUUACUUGUUUUGCACAAUUGUAGACUGUUUGCCACUUCCAGUGCUAGUGCCGAGAUGGAGCCACCAGAGUAAUGUUCGUC